CGGCUAGUGAACAAAUUUUCCACAUUUCCUCCCUAUAUAAAGACCUCCCAACCUUUCUUUCCUUUCAUCAUUCAGUUCAUUCAUUCUGAACUAACUUAGCUUCAUCGGUUCAUUUCAUACUAUAAAGCCGACCCGACAGAUCAUCAUCAGAUAUAGAGUUAGUCAGUUAGCAUAUACAUAACUCUAUUCUGAUCAGAUCUUGGUGGCCUGCUUAUUAAUUUACCCACAACUUAAAGAGUAUAUCAUCAGUUCAAUGGCUCUCUUGGGUGGUCACUUGGUUUUUACUUUUGGACUGCUUGGGAACAUAAUCUCUUUCAUUGUUUUCCUCUCUCCUUUGCCUACAUUCUAUAAGAUUUACAAGAAGAAAUCAGCAGACGGGUAUCAAUCGAUACCAUAUGUGAUCGCGCUCUUCAGCUCAAUGUUAUGGAUAUACUACGCCUUCCUCAAGGCGAACACCACCCUUCUCAUUACCAUAAACUCCUUUGGGUGUUUCAUCGAAACCAUUUACGUUAGCUUCUACAUCUACUAUGCGAGCAAGGAGGCGAGGAUGCAAACACUGAAGAUGAUUGUUAUGAUGGAGCUCCUAGGUUUUGGGGCGGUCGUCCUCGUCUCUCAGUUUCUGUUCCAAGGGGCGGUUCGUGCCCAAGUUGUCGGUUGGGUUUGCCUCGUUUUCUCCUUGUGUGUUUUCGUCGCCCCUUUGUGUAUUGUGAGGCAAGUAAUCAAGACAAAGAGCGUUGAGCAUAUGCCAAUUCUUUUAUCAGUUUUCUUAACAUUCAGCGCUGUCGUGUGGUUCUUCUAUGGUUUGCUUCUAAAAGACAUAAACAUAGCGGUUCCAAAUGUGUUGGGAUUUUUCUUUAGCAUUCUCCAAAUGGUUCUUUACAUGAUUUACAAAGGGAAGAAUGAGGACAUGAAGAAGCUUCCCCUGCAAAUAUCAGUCCCGCCGAAGUCGCCGGUGGUGCUAGUGCUGGAACCGGAGGAGAAGAAGCUGCAACGGCCGGAGCUGACGGAGGAGCAACUCGUCGAUAUUGUGAAGCUCGGAACUUUCCUUUGCUCCGAAAAGAUUCAUUUUGGGAAGAGUAACCCGGCCGAGGUGGAGAUUUCCAAGCUGGACAUAGACCCGAGACAGACCGUCAACUAAGUAAAUACGGAUCAAGUAGUUAAAUUAAAGUCGAGAAUCCGAUCCACUUUAUGAGUAUGAAUUGGGUCAUUCGCGUGCAUGCAUGCAGAUUCCGGCGGCAUGUUUAAUUUAUGUUAUCUGGAAACUGGCUAGCUAGCUGGUUCAAGUAGUUUGCGUAAAUUAAAAAAUUUUACCUUUAGAUUUGUAUAUGUAACUCAGUAACUUAAUUACGUGCUUUUUCUACUUCUAUAUUUUUCCCUGCAAACAAAUGGUAAUUUGUUCUUGACUUUUGAAUAUACGUACACCAAUUUCCACUUUAUAUAUGAACUCAUUUUGAUUUUGUAACAUUUGUUUAUCACUCACUAUAUAUUACGAAGUAUACG